CUCGCUGUUAGGGAAGCUGUAGCUAGGAAUUUCUCCGAAGGAAUCUAGCUCCGAGAUCUGGCUGCGGACCGAGGUCGGCAGGUGUCGGCGAACCGACAUCAUCCUCCCCCGACCUAUCUCGAUAGCUACGAACCAUCGUAAACUACUUUAUCAAUGUGAUCUCCCUCACGGACACCGAAAUUUACUGCCAAGGAUAUAGACGCGAAUAUGGCAGAAGGCUUAGAGGCUUCCGAUUCUUCAAUAUCGUCAACCUACCAAGAGAAGCUGUCAUCGUCGCACUUACUGUCAUCUUCCAAACAUGGAUCAUCAUCGAUAUCAAAAGCAUACCGCCAAGCUUCCACGCUUUUUCUGACAAGGCGCCUGAGCGAAGCUCUAGCUACCAUUGAACCCAUAGUUGAUCGACCUGCCGUCGAGAAUCAUACCGACGGCUCAGCAGAGAACAAUUACGGCAAUAAUAUUGCCGAGCUUCCUCCCAUCGCAACAGCUUCCAGAGGCGCUCGCGUCAAGGUCUGGAGCCUCUAUAUAAGUAUCGUCAAUGCGAUUAUAGAACUGGGGCCUGAAGAUGGGAAAGCCGUCUUUGGCGUUAAGGAGUGGAAGACUUUAUCUGGUAAGGCGAGGGAUGGCAGCAUAUGGGAGGAAGUAGUCACAAACGGUUACGGAGGAAGAGAAGGCGACGUAGACGCAGACGUUGUAAUAAAUCUGGCGACCCUUCUUCUGAGCCAUGCGCCGACACAGACACUCAAUCAAGAGCGUCUCGAAACGUACCUAUCAUCUGCAUCCGUUCCUAAUUUGGACUUUACAUCACAACUUGCGGCGCUAGACAAUGCAGGGCUUGCCUCUGAGAUACCGAAAACGAGGGGCAAUGGCGCAAAUUCUCCCCGUGAACUCAAUUCGCGUAUCAAAAUUCUGGAAAUCUACACCUUGCACGUCCUUCCCCGAAAUGAUGAGUGGGAUUAUGCAGAGCAGCUCAUUAGCAUAAGCGAAUAUCUCGACGAAGAGCGCCGGGAGGCAUUUUUACAUACACUACAUAGUCUGAAGGAUGAGUCACUCCGGGACAAGGAACAUGAGGCUGCUUUGCUCCGAGAACAGCAAGAGCGCCUCGAGCAGGACCAAAAAGAAGCAGAGGCUCGCCGAGUUGCGGAAGCACGGAGUGCUGAAGACAAGGCUAAGAGUAGCAGAGAGGCUUCUAGGGGCGACUUUGCAAUAAAUCAUAAGACCACCAACGGCUCAGCCACGGUUCGAGAAAACAAUGCUGGUGCUCUCCCUCACAGUAAAUCUGCGAAACCUGGCUCCGCCAGUCGGCCUCAAGUUUCCCCGAACUCAGAAUCUAGGUCUUCCGUACGAAAAAGAGAGUCUCCACCCAGCAUUUAUCGACGAGCCACCUCGAUGAUGGGUUCUUUGCAAAAGCUGAUAAUGGAGAUGGGGCAUUCAAUUUCCGGCAACCCUAUGGUUUUGUUGAGAAUAAUACUUUUCCUUGUGGGAUUGAUAUUGACAUUUAGUCGGCGAGAUAUCCGGGAGAAAAUACGUAGGCUAACUGGGUCGGGCUGGGAUAAAAUCAAGGGUACAGUGGGAAUGGGCGUCAAGGUCAGCUAUAUUUGAUAUAUUGGAGUGUAAAUAUAAAUACAAGAUCUGCUGCGCAGACAUGGACGGACUGAGGAGAUAUG